AUGGUAGUAUUGGGAAGGGCGGAAAGAGGAAGAGCGAAAGGGUUGGGAGGAAAAAAUGAAGGGGGAGAAGGAGGAAAAUUAGGGGAAGAAAUAGAAAGGGGGACGUUCGAAGGUCCCGGAAUAGGGGAAGAAGAAGAAAGAGGGGAGGAAGAAGAAGAAAGAACAGCUGUAGAAGAAGGGGGAAUGAAAGAAG